AGAUAAUUUUAAUGGACCAUUCAUGCAAUUGCUUCCUUUAUGGUAAAACGUUCUCUUCGUUACAACCGAUGAGAGAUUAACAGUUUCGCAUUAAAUUAACAACGUGCCUAAUUUUUUGAAUAAACCGUGUUCUAUGAUGCUGCGUUCUGCUUCGAAAUUCAUAUUGAUUCCAUGAAAGCGAUGACUGCCUUUGACAUGGGUAUUCGAUUGGAAUUAAGAAUAAAUUCCAAUCGAAUGAAGUUGGUGUAAUUUUUCUAGAUGCUUCUUCAUGGAUUUUCACAUUUUGAAAGGUGGUAAUUAGGCUUAGCUUAUAUUAAAACGUGUUUCUAUGAAGGAAAAAAAGAUGAGAUUUACUAUGCAUUAGGUUCUUUAGAAUAUUGAAUUCAAAAGGAUAAAAUAUAUGCAUCAAUAUUCCAUACAAUUGCUUGCUGAUUAGAAUGAAAGAAACUUUGUUCUUUGUUAAUGCAAUUGAAGAGAAAUCUAAUUAUAGAGAAUUCAGAGUUUGGUUUGUAUCCAAGAAAGAGAAGAACAUUUAUUAAAGUUGUUUUGCAUACGGGAAUCUUCUGGAAAUGUCAGCAGAAGAAAUGGCAAUUGGUUUUGGUGGAGGACCAAACCCGAUGAACAUUUCCUCAGGCGUGUGCAGCAUUCCAUAUCGAUCUCAGUCCUUCAACACAAUAGCGGCUAUCUUCAUCUUUCUACUUUCUAGUGUUUCAAUGGCAGGGAAUGGACUUGUCUUAUUAUCGUUUGCCACAUGUUCACACCUGAGGAUUCAGAAAGGAAGUUUUUUCGUUGCAAAUCUAGCAAUCUCAGACUUCUUGUGCUCAGUGUACGUCAUGCUGCCUUGUAUUUUGUGUUUAAUUCAUAAUUCAUAUUGUGUAACGGGUGUAGCUUGUCGCGUACAUGCUGUCGUCAACAGUACAUUUUUCACAUGUUCGAAUAUGAGUAUAGCAGCUAUCAAUAUCGACAGAGCAAUUGCAGUCAAUAGGCCUUUCGAGUACAGAAAUCUGGUAACGUCUUUUAGGGUUAAAAUAGUAAUUGCCUACAUAUGGUUUCAUUGUUUAUGUUUGGCAUCUAUUGCAGGAUUUGCCGAUUGGGUUUCUUUCGUGGAUUGGGAACUAAUGUGCACUCCUGAGUGGUCUAAGGAGAAUUCUGCAUAUGCGAUAACAGCAGCUACACUUAGUUUUUUUCUACCAUCCUUUCUGUUAUUGGUCAGCAACAUUUCCAUUGUUUACGCUAUCCGAAAAUCCCGAAUAGUAGUUUUUCAGAAUCGUACUAUUGCUGGUGGAAAUGGUCAUCAGUUAGGCAUCAAAAGCAAUACAAAAACCUUAAGGUCUCUUUAUUUUUUAGUUUUGGCUCAUUUUAUUUGUGUGCCAAGCUAUUAUAUAACUAAAAUUGGAUCGGCUAUAAUCGGCAAAAAUAUAAUAAUUGAUGGAUUUUGCUUAGCACCUGUAGGCUUAUUAUUUACAGCAGCAGCAAUCAAUCCAUUCAUUUAUGCUCUUUUGAGGAAAGAUCACCGCCAGGCGUUUUUAAAUACUUUACAGAUGGUCUUCGACAAAUUCAAAGCUACAUAUACAUAUCUGUUUGGAAAUUCAAUGAAGGAAAUGGAAUAAGUUGAAAUUUUUAUUCUUUUUUCUCCAUACCUAUUAUAUUCUGUUAAUCAUACUUUUCAAAGAUUGCAGAUUUAAUAUAAAUCCAAAAUCUUGCAAAUGUACCUAUUUUCACAAUCCUAUAUGUAGUUUCCAUAGACUUUUGUAGAGCCAUGCUUCUUUGGAUUUAUAGUGACUUUAUUAUUGACUUUGUAUUAAUAAAUCAAACUGUUAUUUUUGGCUAAUUAUUCUUCAAAGAUUGCAGAUGUGAUAUACAUAUAAAAUUGAUUAUUGAACAUAUACAUAUAAAAUUGAUUGAUUGUAAUUGAACAUGCCUUCAUAACCUUUACAUAUGGUUUCCA